AUGUCCGACAUCAAAAUUACGCCGUCAAUCAUGACUCGCAAUCAACAUACUGAUAUGCGAUCGAUGCUUGUGGACCUCGACGCAGAGCUGACCGUGCUCAUGAGCAUUGUAGAGGACAAGGACAAGCGCUCCGGCUCUGUCGCUGCCUGUACAAAUUGCUUAACACUCAUUGAUGAUAUCACCGAAGUCAACGCCAAAAAGGCUUUGAAGGAUAUCAGGGAGAAGCUCAAUGUGAUAAUCCCUGACCUUGAGUAUAUGCGAAGGGUUGCCCCGCGCCUUGGUGGACGACGCAAACGGUGUCAGGAGAGCCGCCUCUCGGCCUUGGUGGAUGAAGUUCUAGGGUCUACAAGCGCCUAG